AUGGACGUUACACCUUCCGUUCCUGUUGCUGAUAGCUCCCCGGCUUUGCCUGUGCUUUCUCUGCCCGACACUGUGGAGGCCCCGUUGCCUGCUCCCACAGUUGUCGAUCGCAUUGAGCCACCGAUAGUGUCUGAACCCGCACCGGCAGCUGCAACGCUGUCCGUGUCGGAACCCGUUCCAGAGGCUGCUUCCUCUGUUGUGACUGAGCCUGUGUCUGCUGCUGCCACCGUUGUUGUCGAUAGUGAGGAGCGUCUUGACGCCCCCGCGGAACCUAAGCCGCGUCGGGAAAGGCCGAUUGAGAGAGCUGACAACGUUCCCCGCUUUCGAAGCGCUAGUCUUUCGGGUGUUUCUUCUCGUAAGGGGCGAACGCCGUCCCCGGUGGUGACUUGUGUCCCACCCUAUAAGUCCACCUCAAAACCGAAAAAAUUGCAACGGGCCUCGCAGCGCGCGGCUGUUGACUCGCGGCAGGUGUUGGCUGCCGAUCGCCGUCGGCAGCGGCCUGCCGCUCACAGUCAGCCUGAGGCGUCCGUGAGUUCCGCGGAGUCUAAGAGGGACGAGAAAGUUCGUCAGCUCAAGGUUUUACUCACUCAAACGGACCCUGUCGUGACAAGCGGUACGGCGAUGGCCGUUACAUCGAGCGUGUCGCCUGGACAAGUCGCAGGCAAACGCAAAUCGGACGACUCUCUUUGCCGUCGCAUCCGGCCGCACUCGCAGGAUUCUGGCUCUGAUCCUCCCGCCGGCGCUGGACCUGCCACGGCGGCUCCGUCGGGUGCCACUCUUGCUAUGGAAACGGAGGUGGUUCCGCCCCCCGUGUUUUCUAGUGCAAAGUGUGACUGGGCGGCGGACGUGGAGGUGGAUGAAGGGACUGGCAGCGACGGUCAGGACGAGGUGACGUGGGCGGCGGUCGCGCUUGGCGCUUCCCCCGCACGUGCCCGUCGUGUGUCUGAUCCUGAGGUUCCGGCCGACGCUGUUGCUAUGGACGUUACACCUUCCGUUCCUGUUGCUGAUAGCUCCCCGGCUUUGCCUGUGCUUUCUCUGCCCGACACUGUGGAGGCCCCGUUGCCUGCUCCCACAGUUGUCGAUCGCAUUGAGCCACCGAUAGUGUCUGAACCCGCACCGGCAGCUGCAACGCUGUCCGUGUCGGAACCCGUUCCAGAGGCUGCUUCCUCUGUUGUGACUGAGCCUGUGUCUGCUGCUGCCACCGUUGUUGUCGAUAGUGAGGAGCGUCUUGACGCCCCCGCGGAACCUAAGCCGCGUCGGGAAAGGCAGAUUGAGAGAGCUGACAACGUUCCCCGCUUUCGAAGCGCUAGUCUUUCGGGUGUUUCUUCUCGUAAGGGGCGAACGCCGUCCCCGGUGGUGACUUGUGUCCCACCCUACAAGUCCACCUCAAAACCGAAAAAAUUGCAACGGGCCUCGCAGCGCGCGGCUGUUGACUCGCGGCCGGUGUUGGCUGCCGAUCGCCGUCGGCAGCGGCCUGCCGCUCACAGUCAGCCUGAGGCGUCCGUGAGUUCCGCGGAGUCUAAGAGGGACGAGAAAGUUCGUCAGCUCAAGGUUUUACUCACUCAAACGGACCCUGUCGUGACAAGCGGUACGGCGAUGGCCGUUACAUCGAGCGUGUCGCCUGGACAAGUCGCAGGCAAACGCAAAUCGGACGACUCUCAUUGCCGUCGCAUCCGGCCGCACUCGCAGGAUUCUGGCUCUGAUCCUCCCGCCGGCGCUGGACCUGCCACGGCGGCUCCGUCGGGUGCCGCUCUUGCUAUGGAAACGGAGGUGGUUCCGCCCCCCGUGUUUUCUAGUGCAAAGUGUGACUGGGCGGCGGACGUGGAGGUGGAUGAAGGGACUGGCAGCGACGGUCAGGACGAGGUGACGUGGGCGGCGGUCGCGCUUGGCGCUUCCCCCGCACGUGCCCGUCGUGUGUCUGAUCCUGAGGUUCCGGCCGACGCUGUUGCUAUGGACGUUACACCUUCCGUUCCUGUUGCUGAUAGCUCCCCGGCUUUGCCUGUGCUUUCUCUGCCCGACACUGUGGAGGCCCCGUUGCCUGCUCCCACAGUUGUCGAACGCAUUGAGCCACCGAUAGUGUCUGAACCCGCACCGGCAGCUGCAACGCUGUCCGUGUCGGAACCCGUUCCAGAGGAUGCUUCCUCUGUUGUGACUGAGACUGUGUCUGCUGCUGCCACCGUUGUUGUCGAUAGUGAGGAGCGUCUUGACGCCCCCGCGGAACCUCAGCCGCGUCGGGAAAGGCAGAUUGAGAGAGCUGACAACGUUCCCCGCUUUCGAAGCGCUAGUCUUUCGGGUGUUUCUUCUCGUAAGGGGCGAACGCCGUCCCCGGUGGUGACUUGUGUCCCACCCUACAAGUCCACCUCAAAACCGAAAAAAUUGCAACGGGCCUCGCAGCGCGCGGCUGUUGACUCGCGGCCGGUGUUGGCUGCCGAUCGCCGUCGGCAGCGGCCUGCCGCUCACAGUCAGCCUGAGGCGUCCGUGAGUUCCGCGGAGUCUAAGAGGGACGAGAAAGUUCGUCAGCUCAAGGUUUUACUCACUCAAACGGACCCUGUCGUGACAAGCGGUACGGCGAUGGCCGUUACAUCGAGCGUGUCGCCUGGACAAGUCGCAGGCAAACGCAAAUCGGACGACUCUCAUUGCCGUCGCAUCCGGCCGCACUCGCAGGAUUCUGGCUCUGAUCCUCCCGCCGGCGCUGGACCUGCCACGGCGGCUCCGUCGGGUGCCGCUCUUGCUAUGGAAACGGAGGUGGUUCCGCCCCCCGUGUUUUCUAGUGCAAAGUGUGACUGGGCGGCGGACGUGGAGGUGGAUGAAGGGACUGGCAGCGCGUCUGUAAGUGAAGGAGAACUUGUGAUAGUGCCCCCGGCUGCUGUUGCUAGUGAUGUACCGCCUGUUUCAAACAUCGAUCCUGUUGUUAUUGCUUCACCUGUCGUAAAUAUCGGCUCGUCUACUUCUGUAGCUGAUGAUGCUUCUGUAAACGAGGUGAGCAGCUUCUGGUACAAGGUGGUCAACCGUCUUCUUCCCACCAAUGACAAGAUGAAUCACAUUCAUUUAAGGCCAUCCAGCUCUUGUGACAGCUGUCCGCAGGAAGACACGCUGGAGCACCGUUUUACUUGUGCGCGCUUGAAGUCGGACUGUCCGAAACGUAGUCGCCCUGUGCAACUACCACGGACAGACGGUCAGGACGAGGUGACGUGGGCGGCGGUCGCGCUUGGCGCCUCCCCCGCACGUGCUAGUCGUGUGUCUGUUCCUGAGAUUGCAGACGACGUUGUUGCUAUGGAUGUUACACCUCCCGUUCUUGACGCUGAUAGCUCCCCGGCGUUGCCUGUGGUUUCUUUGCCUGUGCAUGUAGCGGCCCCGGUGCUUGAUCCGUUGGCUGUUGAUAAACUUGGGCUACCGAUUGUGUCUGACCCCGUACCGGCAGCUGUAACGCUGUCCGUAUCGCAACCCGUUCCCGAGGCUGCUCCCUCUGUUGUGAAUAAGAAUGUGUCCGAUGUUGUCACUGUUGUUGGUGACCGUGAGGAGCGUCUUGACGCCCCCGCGGAACCCAAACCGCGUAGGGAACGGCCGACUGAGAGGGCUGAAACCGUUACUCGCAUUCGCAGCGCUAGUAUUUCGGGUGUUUCUUCUCGUAAGGCGCGAACGCCGUCCCCGGUGGUGACUUGCGUCCCACCCUACAAGUCCACCUCUAAACAGAAAAAGUUACAACGGGCCUCGCAGCGCGCAGUUGUUGACUCGCGGCAGGCGUCGGCUUCCGAUCGCCGACGGCAGCGGCCUGCCGCUUGCAGUCAGCCUGCGGCGUCCGUGCGUUCCGCGGAAUCCAAGCGGGACGAGAAAGUUCGUCAGCUCAAGGUUUUGCUUACUCAAACGGCACCUGUCGUGGCAAGCGAUAUGGCGAUGGACGUUGUUUCGAGCGUGUCGCCAGCACAUUUGGCAGGCAAACGCAAAUCGGACGACUCACAUUGCCGUCGCGUCCGGCCGCCCUCACAGGAGUCUGGAUCUGACUCUGCCGCCGGCGCUGGACCUGCCACGGCGGCUCCUUCCGGUGCCGCUGUUAGUAUGGGCACGGAGGUGGUUCAGCCCCCCGUGUUUCUAGUGAAAAGUGUGACUGGGCGGCGGAAGUGGAGGUGGAACACGGGACUGGCCCCGAUCGGACAAGAGUUCGGCCUUAAAUUGUUUGAAAACGGGAAGAAGAUGCGCCUGAGCCGUGACCUGUCGGGCGAGAUCCUUCUAACAGCUCUGAUAAAAUUGUGA